UCUUACUGGUGGAUCUCGCGUGCCGAGUGGUGCAAGCCGGCUAGCAUGUCACACAGACGUGGAAUCUAGUGCAAAUAAAUACAUUUAGUACAUAAUAAAAAAGCCAAAUAGCUGCAGCUAGAACAAAGCCCUGGUUGUGGAGUUACAUUGGAGCCGAGGGGUGAAAGAGGAGUGCUUGGCGGUGGGAAGUGUUUUCCUGACCAAAUCCUCCACCAGCACGGCUCGCUCAGAACAUGGCGGAACACCACACCACAUCCGACUUUAAGCACAAAGCCAGCUCUAAUACAGGGCGUUCGGUCUCGGGCAACGGGCGUCCCAAUUCCCCGGCUGGAUGUAGUGGAGGCCUGUCCGGGGGACUGGCGCAUCCGGCGGGAUGGCAGUCGUUGCUGUCGUUCACAAUUCUCUUUCUGGCCUGGUUGGCAGGGUUCAGCUCUCGACUUUUCGCAGUUAUUCGUUUCGAGAGCAUCAUUCACGAGUUUGACCCAUGGUUCAACUAUAGAUCAACUCAUCAUCUCACCACUAAUGGCUUUUACGAGUUCCUGAACUGGUUUGACGAGAGAGCCUGGUACCCACUGGGCAGAAUAGUGGGAGGAACGGUGUAUCCUGGUCUGAUGGUGACGGCAGGCCUUAUCCACUACGUACUGAACCUACUCCAUGUGACCGUUCACAUCCGUGAUGUUUGUGUGUUCUUGGCCCCCAUCUUCAGUGGCCUGACCGCCAUAUCCACCUUUCUGUUGACGCGGGAGCUGUGGAACCAGGGUGCCGGUCUACUGGCGGCAUGUUUCAUUGCCAUCGUGCCCGGCUACAUCUCCCGCUCCGUGGCCGGCUCGUUUGACAAUGAGGGCAUUGCCAUUUUUGCUUUGCAGUUCACCUACUACCUCUGGGUGAAGUCAGUGAAAACGGGCUCAGUGUUCUGGACCAUCGGCUGCUGCCUCUCGUACUUUUACAUGGUGUCUGCGUGGGGUGGAUACGUGUUCAUCAUCAACCUGAUUCCACUCCAUGUAUUCGCGCUUCUCCUUAUGCAGCGUUACAGCAGGAGGUUAUACAUUGCCUACAGCACGUUUUAUAUAGUUGGGUUGGUGCUGUCCAUGCAGAUCCCUUUUGUAGGCUUCCAGCCUAUCAGGACAAGCGAGCACAUGGCCGCUGCAGGUGUCUUUGCUUUGCUGCAGGCAUAUGCCUUUCUGCAGUAUCUGAAGGACAGACUGACCAGGCAGGAGUUCCAGACUCUGUUCUUUCUGGGUGUUUCUCUGGCUGCGGGAGUCGUUUUCCUUACUGUCAUUUACCUGACUUACACUGGCUACAUUGCUCCUUGGAGUGGGCGUUUUUACUCUCUAUGGGACACAGGAUACGCUAAGAUCCACAUCCCUAUCAUCGCCUCGGUCUCAGAGCACCAGCCCACCACAUGGGUCUCCUUCUUCUUCGACCUGCACAUCCUGGUCUGCACCUUCCCAGCUGGCCUCUGGUUCUGCAUCAAGAACAUCAACGAUGAGCGAGUCUUUGUGGCCCUAUAUGCCAUCAGCGCAGUGUACUUUGCUGGCGUGAUGGUACGUCUGAUGCUGACUCUUACUCCGGUGGUGUGCAUGCUCUCGGCCAUCGCCUUCUCCAGUGUAUUCGAGCACUACUUGGGUGAUGACAUGAAGCGUGAAAACCCACCCGCUGAAGACAGCAGUGAUGAGGACGACAAGAGGAAUCAAGGGAACCUCUAUGAUAAGGCAGGCAAAGUCCGAAAGCAUGUGUCAGAACAGGACCGUCCAGAGGAGGGUUUGGGCCCCAACAUUAAGAGCAUCGUUACCAUGCUAAUGCUGAUGCUCUUGAUGAUGUUUGCUGUGCACUGCACCUGGGUGACCAGUAAUGCCUACUCCAGUCCCAGCGUAGUGCUGGCAUCAUACAACCAAGAUGGAUCAAGGAACAUUCUUGAUGAUUUCCGUGAAGCCUAUUACUGGCUCCGACAGAAUACGGAUGAGCAUGCUCGUGUCAUGUCCUGGUGGGACUACGGCUAUCAGAUUGCAGGCAUGGCCAAUCGCACGACACUGGUGGACAACAAUACAUGGAAUAACAGUCACAUAGCACUGGUUGGUAAAGCCAUGUCCUCAAAUGAGAGUGCAGCCUAUGAGAUUAUGAAGUCGCUGGAUGUGGAUUAUGUUCUGAUCAUCUUUGGGGGAGUGAUUGGAUACUCCGGCGACGACAUUAACAAGUUCCUGUGGAUGGUGCGCAUUGCAGAGGGCGAGCACCCUAAAGAUAUCCGGGAGAGUGAUUAUUUCACACCACAGGGGGAGUUUCGAGUUGAUAAGGCCGGCUCUCCCACCCUCCUCAACUGCCUGAUGUACAAAAUGUCUUACUACCGCUUUGGAGAAAUGCAACUGGAUUUCCGCACACCCCCUGGAUUUGACCGGACGCGGAACGCUGAGAUUGGCAACAAGGACAUCAGUCUAAAGCACCUGGAGGAGGCAUUUACCUCCGAACACUGGCUAGUGCGCAUCUACAGGGUGAAGAAGCCAGAGAACCGACAGGCUCUGGACCACAAGCUCCGCAACAUUGCAGCCAAGCAGAAGUACACCUCAAAAAAGACAGCCAAGAGGAAGAGGGGACAUAUCAAAAACAAGAUGGCUCUGAAAAAAGGCAAGAAACUGACCAAGAAGUCUGUUUAGAUAUUGAAUGAUAAAGAUUGAGAAUGGAAAACCUGAAAACAAACAAAAGACAAGGACAACUGCAACUAGUAAGUAAUCUACCAAUCUAGAAGAACAACAAAUAUAUGUCAUCUGGCACCGCCCACCUGAGAACAUUUGAUUGGAGGCUUUGAUCCUGUGAUUGUCAUAACGACCACGGACGGUUCCAUGAUCGGUUCAACGAUGGGGAUCUACAUCGGUUCCAAUCAGAGAACUCUGGACUUUUUUUCUUUUUUUUUUUUUCUUUCUUCGUAAUUGAAAGUGCUGGUUACGCAAGAGAGCUGCCUGUUUCUAAAACGGCGGUCACUUUUUUUUGUGGUGCAGUUUAUCUUAAUCCAACCGAAUUCUAAAACGACCAACAAUAGGAAUUCAUUCAGUGAAUGAAACUUGGAGCACCAAAGAUUUUAUUUUAUUUUUUUCCGUUUUUGUUAGAGCUUGUGUGAGUUAAACUUUGAUAAAAAAAUAAAAUAAAUAAAAGCUACAGAAUCCGAGGAAUGUGGAGCAGUCUACAGUCUGACUGGGAAAAGCCCCUUAAAAGCUCUCUUGGCUUUAGCUGACAUCGUACAAACCAUUUUUUUUUAUGUGGAAGAAUGCAGCUGGUGUCUUUGUGGCUCUGAAUUCGUGAGUUGCUUUCCAAGACAGACUUUGAAAAGGACUCAGUUAUUAGUAAUGUUUAACUAUUGUGGUGACUUUUGAUUCUAAAUAAUUUUGUUUGUAACAUGAUUUUGAAUGUUGUUCUUUUUCUAUUGGUUGUAAGAUUUUAAAAGUUUAUGCAAUAAUUUGAAAAUCAAAAUGGGUUGUUUGAAGAAUCUGCUUUUAUGUCUUUAUUGCUAAUGCCUUGUCCAGAAGACGGCGCUGUGCCUCUAAACUACUGCGCAAAAUUUGCAGAUGCUUACAGAUGUCCCCCCCCUUUUUUUUUAUUUUAUUGCAAGUUUCAGGCCAAUUAGAAAUCAGUUUUUUGUUAAUUCCUAAACGACUGUCUGCCAGGACAAAGAGUGAACCGAAUUAGUUGUAGGUUUAUAAAAUGCUGCAUUACAAGCCUGAAUGCACUUUGUCUUAGUUCACCUUAAUGUGGAGCCACUACUGAGAAGCAUGCAGGUGGAGAGUGCGUAUUUCACACUUAGAAAUACGCACUCUCCACCUGCUUUUUUUACUUUGAAAAGGGCGCUUUCUGCCACAUCAAAUGGGGUUUUCCUUUCCUCUGUUCUUCUGGGCUGUCUUUUACACCUUCCUCUUUGUUUCCUGCCUUUUCUAGAUUUUCAACUUGCCAAUUGCUUUUGCUUUGUUUUUUUGUAAAAUAAUUGGAAGGGAAAAACAAUUCUGAUUCUCCCCUCUUUCCAUAACAUAUAUUGUUCUCAGAGGGCUCUGAAUCUUAGGAAGGUAUUUAUUAAAUAGAAUAAAAAUUGAAGUUGAGGAGACCUUUCAUCUUUAAAUGCAAAAACGGUUAUUUUCUUUUUCAGAGUUAAAAUGUACUCCAUAAAUUGUAAAAAAAAAAAAAGAGCGUGAGAAAAAGAUGCUGUUGUGAGAAUGAGUGAUGCCAUUGUGAUUAAAAGACUUAAUGAAACAAUCAGCCUUAUCCAUUCAG